AAGACCUCUUCUCUGUUUGUUUUUGUUGUCAAAUGUAUCAGGUAAACUUUGAUUUCUUAAUUAGCAGGUGAAAACACCCCUUCUUCCUCCAUCUUCUUCAAUAAUUCUCGAUUAUCAUAAAAUGGAGAAUAUGGGUGUUGAGAAACAGAGACUAUUUGAAGAAAAGGGUGUUUGUGUUUCUGAUCAUAUGAAUGGAUUGCAAUACACAAGCACAAAAUCAGAUAGCUUUGUUGUGGACAUGGAACGAUUUUCUCAUAUCAUAGAGAAAGACAUAAAUGCCAAUUCAAGAAUUACUAGGAACCUUUCAAGAAAAGGAUCAUUUCGAAGCGGCGAGAAGAAAACAAAUUCAAAUGCUGUCAAUGAGAAAGACACCAACUUCACGGAAAAUUCCCCUAGAGCAAGUUCAUUGCUAGGAGGAGGUAUCACACCAGAAAAGCCCAUGGCAUUGACUACUAGUAGUGAUCAACAUACCCCACAAACCCAUAAUCAUCAGAUCACUAUAGUGGCCGGCCAUGGUGCCGCUGCCGCCGCCACCGAAAGUAAAAUUGGUGGCAGGAGAUUCAGUUUCCGACGAUCUACUAAUUGGACCAUUGAUCCUAGGAGGAUCCUUCUCUUCUUUGCUACAUUGUCAAGUAUGGGAACAAUGUUAUUGAUUUAUUUUACAUUAUCCAUUGCCAAGCUAAAUGGAGAAGACAUUGCAGAUCUUAAUGGUUGAUAUAUAUAAAGCAUGAAGAAGGCACUAGCUAGUUCUAACUCAGAAGCCUGUAUAUUAUAUAAAUGUAGAAGCUGCAGAAGAGACAUGAGCAUAACAAAGUUUCAAAAGAGAAGAACAGAAAGCUAUCAUGACAAAUCUUGGCAAUAUUCUGUUCUAAUGAGUGGCACAGAUCACAAACAAAUUUGUACCUUUUCUUUGUUAGGUUCUCUUUUUGUAAUAUUUGACGAGCUCUCCUUUUUUAGAGUUUAAGUUCUAUCAAUGUAAAAAAUUAAAAAAGUACUCAAUCGAGUUACUUUAAGUUAAUUACAA